GUAAUCAUUUUUGACCGGAAGUGCGUCAUAACAACGCGCGAUCACGAAGCCGCUUCCCGUUCUUUCCCCGUACAAACUUGGUAAUAUUCCUUUCGUGGCAAAGCUGCUGGAUUCGUGGGGUUAAAAGCGUUUCUCUCGACCAGACGUAACCCCGCCCCCCCCCGACACUCUUACGUCCAGGUUGACCGGACAGCUUUAGUUGCGGUUCAGGAAACUUGGAGAAGAAGAAGAAGAAGAAAAGAACGCCUCUCCGCCGGAAGUAACCGGGACAGCCGGUGCGUCGAAUGAAACGAACCGCGUUGCGUUUGCGCGACUUGGUGCUGAACGCCGCACUUGGGCAGACAUGGCGGAAAGCGGGCGCCCGGCCGGAGCCUCCGCCGAGGACGAGCAGCGCGAAACCUCCGCCGGCUUCGCGGCGCCGCAGAAAGAGAUCGGCGUGGUGACCGACAUGGGCAAGUGGAAGCGGUCCCGGGCGUACGCGGACUACGUGGGCUUCGUGCUGACGCUGAACGAGAGCGUGAAGGGCAAGACGCUGCGGUGCGAGUACCAGGUGUCGGAGACCGUGGACGGGCUGCUCGGCGUGCUGGGGACCCUGGACCGCUGGAUAGACGAGACCCCUCCCGUGGACCAGCCCUCGCGUUUCGGCAAUAAAGCCUACAGGAGCUGGUACGCCAAGCUGGAGCAGGGGGCGGAGGCCUUGGUGGCCGCGGUGCUGCCCGCGGACCAGAGGGCUGCGGCCGUGGAGGUGUCCGUUUAUCUGAAAGAGGCCGUGGGCAACGCCACCCGAAUAGACUACGGGACGGGUCACGAGGCGGCCUUCGCCACCUUCCUGUGCUGCCUCUGCAAGAUCGGGGCCCUCAAGGCGGACGAUCAGCUGGCCAUCGUCUUCCGGGUGUUCAACAGGUAUCUGGCGCUGAUGCGGAAGCUGCAGAAGACCUACAGGAUGGAGCCGGCCGGCAGCCAGGGCGUCUGGGGCUUGGACGACUUCCAGUUCCUCCCCUUUAUCUGGGGGAGCUCCCAGUUGGUGGACCACCCGACGCUGGAACCCCGGCACUUUGUGGACGAGAAGGUGGUGAACGAGCAUCACCAAGACUACAUGUUUUUGGAGUGCAUCCGAUUCAUUAACGAGAUGAAGACGGGCCCGUUUGCCGAGCAUUCCAACCAGCUGUGGAACAUAAGCGCGGUCCCCACCUGGUCCAAAGUCAACCAGGGCCUGGUCCGAAUGUACAGGGCCGAGUGCCUGGAGAAGUUCCCGGUCAUCCAGCAUUUCAGAUUUGGCUCUCUGCUGUCCAUCCAACCAGCAAAGCCUUGACAGCCACGGAGGAACGCCGGGUAGAUGAGGGCAACGCCGCCCCCCCCCAAAAAAAGGCAAAAUGACAAUUUUACCCUCUUCACCUUCUCGUGCAGUAAUUCAUUCAAACACGCCAAUAGUGUAAAGCAGCAACAACAACAACAAAAAAAGUGCUUUUGGCUAAGUGUACAAGUGCACAACUCACCUGUGCACGCAUUGCCAUCCUCUGUCCCGAAGUGCUUUAGAUACGCGGAUAAAAUAUUGAUCUGAAUAAAUUCGGAGGGACUGGCAAGCUUGCUGUUUUGUUUCUCUUUCUUUUCUCAAAUAUGUGCACACUGAAGAAAAUGCUUCACCGAAAGAUGAACUUUGAACGGGAUUUGAGGUGUUUUUGCAACUCUCGAGCCUUGUUACCGAGGCCGGCUGUCUCGUGACAUUUCCUGCAAGUCCACAGAAUGUAAGUCACAUUAUUUUCUGUCCCGGAAAUGACCCGAGUAUUGACACGUGUGAGGUUUGGAUAUGGCAUGGGAUUCCUUCUCUUUGGUGAUCCUUUCAAAAGUCAUGACGUGGGUGACGUUCAAUGAAAUGUAAAACACUCCCAGGGGAAACUGAGCACUCCAUCAGUGUCUCAGAACGCCCCCCCCCCGACCACCACUGCCCCCCCCACCACCACUGCCCCCCCCGACCACCACUGCUAGCUGAAGCUGAAUUAGUGAAUAUGGUCAUUGUAGAGCCGACCUGUGACCGGACUGUUUGAGCUUUUACGCCUUUCUGUGCUGUAUGUCGUUGCAGUGCUAGCAGGUAUGAGUCUGUAGAGCAACUCAUGAGACUGUCUUUGGCAAUGUCACUCUGUCCAUACUGUACCCCCCCCCCCACACACACACCUUCUCAUUAAAGCAGAUUUGUGUACC